ACCACCCACGAGCCCGCGUCGGUGCCCGCCCCGCAGGGGGACCUACUAUCCGGCGCCGAGCCGGAGGGGGGAAACGGCGCCCGCCGCCCGCCCGGAGCCGGCGAGCAGCCCCAGUCCCCCCCCGACCCGCGCGUGGCGGCGCCGGCUCCCUAGCCGCCGCGGCCCCACCCUCUUCCGGCCUCGGCUGUCCGGGCCGCGCUUGCCACUGCCUGUGGAUGCUGCGCCUCUCUGAACGCAACAUGAAGGUGCUCCUUGCCGCCGCCCUCAUCGCGGGGUCCGUCUUCUUCCUGCUGCUGCCGGGACCUUCUGCGGCCGAUGAGAAGAAGAAGGGGCCCAAAGUCACCGUCAAGGUGUAUUUUGACCUGCGAAUUGGAGAUGAAGAUGUAGGCCGGGUGAUCUUUGGUCUCUUCGGAAAGACUGUUCCAAAAACAGUGGAUAAUUUUGUGGCCUUAGCUACAGGAGAGAAAGGAUUUGGCUACAAAAACAGCAAAUUCCAUCGUGUAAUCAAGGACUUCAUGAUCCAGGGCGGAGACUUCACCAGGGGAGAUGGCACAGGAGGAAAGAGCAUCUAUGGUGAGCGCUUCCCCGAUGAGAACUUCAAGCUGAAGCACUACGGGCCCGGCUGGGUGAGCAUGGCCAACGCAGGUAAAGACACCAACGGCUCCCAGUUCUUCAUCACAACAGUCAAGACGGCCUGGCUAGAUGGCAAACAUGUGGUGUUUGGCAAAGUGCUAGAGGGCAUGGUGAGUUCUGGAAGCAAGGGCUACUACUGGGCUGUCCUCACUGGGGAUUCAACACAGACCCCAGGGCAGGAGCUCCAUGUGUCCAUCCCUUUCCCAAAAGAACCUAACCCACAGAUGCGGCCCAGUGCUCCUGUCCAGAAUAAACCCUGUACCUCCAUGCCUCCAACGUUCUACAUUCUUCCAGCCCCCUCAGAGCCCAGCCAGGAAACCUUGUUAAGGCUGCACAACUGCCGGAGCCUCCCUCCCCUCAUUCACCCAGGGAUGUGCUGGUCCCACUCCUGAGGUGUACAGAGUGCAGCUGAACACAAUGUCCCUGAGAAGCCACAUUUCCUGCUCACCCUCUUCCUCCUCCUUGCCCUUGGCCAAACCUGGGUCUUCAAAGGAAUACAAUUCCUGCAUCCCCUUGUCAAAUCUGCAUUCUCUCUGCUCUGGCCAGGAGUCCGUUAGAAUUUUGGUGCCUCCAGUUUUGUGUGCUGUUGAUGACUUGUGGGUCUCAGCCCUCCUGAGUCAUAUGCUGGGGUCUUUCUCCUGAGCGGUGGACCUCCUGACCCACCGUGCGCUCCCACUUCCACCUUUCUUUUCCAGGAGGUGGUGCGGAAGGUGGAGAGCACCAAGACAGACAGCCGGGAUAAACCCCUGAAGGAUGUGAUCAUCGCAGACUGCGGCAAGAUCGAGGUGGAGAAGCCCUUUGCCAUCGCCAAGGAGUAGGACCCAGGGUCCUCUUUCUUUGAGUGACCGUCUGUGCAGGCCCUGUAGUCUGCCACAGGGCCCUGAGCUGCACUGGCCCCGGUGCUGGCAUCUGGUGGAGCGGACCCAUUCCCCUCACAUUCCACAGGCCCAUGGACUCAGUUUUGUAACAGACUCCUACCAACACUGACGAAUAAAAAAAAAUGUGGGGUUUUUUUUAUAUAUA